CUUCUUAGUCCAAUCAGAGUUGCUCUUCCUGGGGACGACACUUCUUCUCGGCGCCGUGAGAAACGUCAGUGAGGAGUGAGUGUGCGAGGAAGUUUGUGCGUCGUGAUCGUAUCGGUGGGUAGCGACGCUCGGGACGCGGUCAUGCGGAAUAAGUUGUUACGGUGACAUUGUGAAUUUGCGCGACUAUAAUUACACUGCGGUCACGUCCAACGUGAGAUUUGUAGCAUGCCACGCAGGCACCAUGCAGCUCCGUUGAAAAGAAACUUCAACCUUGAACGUAGUAGCCGACCACUCAAUGUGAUACUUUGACAUCUUGUGCUUUUUUUUUUUUUAAUUACGGUGGGGAGUAUGAUGAGGUUUUUAAGGUACCUGCGGGGAAGCGGGAGGGUCCUGGGCUUCGUGUUCGUGGCUUCUGUCAUUUGGCUCCUGCUGGACAUGGCCGUCCUGCGCCUCUCCAUCGGCGACGCCAACAGUCGGCUAGUGAAUGAAAGAACGGUUCGGGAGCAGGAGAUCGCCCAGCAGCAAGUUUUGGACAGUUCGGACCUCAAACCUGUCAGACUCUUCAGAACCCAGAAGAGGAAGGAGCGGAUGGCAGGACAGGACAAAAACAACCUCCAACCAGAGCCUGGUGAGGGUCAGCUACAUGCAGUUGCUAAAAAGCCUGUGAAAUUAUUUGUGACUGAUGCAUCACUUUCCCAAAACAACACAAUAAAUAAUGACUCAGUUGCACUGAGACGCAGUGUUGAGAGGGAGAGAAGGGAACCUGAGGAGACCGCUUCAAAUGCCAGCGUUCAAGCGUCCAAGCCGCAGCAGGACAUGCCUGAAAAACUUCCCGUUCAAGCAACACACAAGUCUCCUGUGAAGAAGGAGAAACAAAUCAAAGAACUUCAGACUCAAGGAACCAACAAUGGGUCCUUGGUGAAGGAGAAACAAAUUGAAAAGCUUCCCAUUCAAGGAGCCAACAAUGUGUCUUUAGUGAAGAAGGAGAAACAAAUGAAAGAAGUCCACAAUCAAGGAACCAACAACGCAUCUUUGGUGAAGAAGGAGAAACAAAAUGAAAAGCUUCCCAUUCAAGGAGCGCACAACGUUUCUUCGGUGAAGAAGGGGAAAAAAAUUGGGGGGAUGGUGGGAAAUAACUCAAUAAUAGUCCAUAUGAAUGACACCCUUGCCGUCAAGGCAGGUGUCCACCGAGUGCUUUCCCUCGACCUGACCGCCGCCCCCAGAAACCCCAACGCCGUCGGCCAGUUCGGCCAGGCGGCGGUAGUUCCCAGAGAUAAGGAGGUGCUGUCCAAACAGAGGUGGAACGAGGGCUAUUUUAACGUCUACCUGAGCGACCAGAUCCCACUGGACCGCGCCAUUCCCGACACCAGGCCCGACACCUGUGCCCGCAAUGUUGUCCACAAUGACCUGCCAUCCACCAGCGUCAUCUUCUGCUUCGUGGACGAGGUGUGGUCCACACUUCUGCGCUCCGUGCACAGCGUCCUCAAUCGAUCGCCGCCGCAUCUCCUCAAGGAGAUCAUCCUUGUGGACGACUUCAGCAAAAAAGCUUACCUAAAAGGCAAUCUUGACAAGUACAUGGCCAAAUUCCCCAAGGUCCGAAUCGUUCGCCUGGAGGAGCGCCAAGGGCUUAUCAGGGCCCGGAUGGCCGGAGCGGCUAUUGCCAAAGGUGACGUUCUCACCUUCCUUGACUCGCAUGUUGAAUGUAACGUGGGUUGGCUGGAGCCCCUGCUGGAGCGCAUCUACCUGGAUCGCAGGAAGGUGCCCUGUCCGGUUAUCGAAGUCAUCAACGACCAUGACAUGAGUUAUAAACUGGUCGACAACUUCCAGAGAGGCAUUUUCAAAUGGCCUCUGGUUUUUGGCUGGAACACCCUAUCAGACGAGUACGUUAAGAAGAAGAAUAUGACCGUGGCCGACCCCAUCAGGUGCCCCGUAAUGGCCGGGGGGCUUUUCUCCAUCGAUAGAAAAUACUUCUAUGAACUUGGCGCCUACGAUCCAGGCCUGGAAGUGUGGGGUGGGGAGAACAUGGAGAUUUCCUUUAAGAUCUGGAUGUGCGGCGGCACAAUUGAGAUCAUCCCCUGCUCCCGGGUGGGCCACAUUUUCCGGGGGAAGAACCCGUACAAUUUCCCCCAGGACAGGCAAAAGACGGUGCAGCGCAACUUCGCGAGGGUGGCCGAAGUGUGGCUGGACGAGUACAAGGAGCUUUUCUACGGUCACGGCUACCAACACCUGCUGGAAAACCAACAUGACAUCGGCAACCUCACCGAGCAGAUCCAGCUAAGGGAUCGGCUCAAAUGCAAGAGCUUCAAGUGGUACUUGGACAAAGUGUAUCCAGAGUUGGAGGCUCCUUUAGUCAAAGCUAACGGCCUGGUCUUCAAUCGAGGUUCAAGAAACUGCCUUUCUGUGCGAAAUCGCGUUCUCUCCUUUGAGAAGUGUGACCUCAGCAAGCAGAGUCAGCACUUGAACUACACCUGGCUGGACCACAUCUGCCAGCGGGAUCUGUGCCUCGAACCCAACGUCAUUCAGGGCAGUUUGAGUUUCCAGCCGUGUGACCGCACCCGCCCUGUGCUCCGCUGGCUGCACAAAACCUCCAAGUCACCACUGUCUGAGCACUUGAUAUCUGCGAAGUCCUCCCAACAAGUGUGCCUGGAAGCUUCCCAGAAGGCUGACAAGAUUCAUCUGGCCCCAUGCGUUGCCAGCAAUCCCUUCCAGCAAUGGGAGUUUACAAACUACUACUCUGUGUGAGGAGCGACGACGUUCUGGUAAAUGUGCAGUACAACAUUUUUGUCGCUGUCGGGCAGAAUCCUCUCUCGGCUCGGCUCUAAAAUCACUGCUUUUCAGGAAAUUAAAAAAAAAAAAAAGAUGGCAACUUCCUAACAUGUCAUCAUUCGAGUUGGUAUUAUAACAUAUUGUCGUAUAUCAUUGCGUGCCAACAUCGAUAAAACACCAGCCAAAAAUAAUGUUCAAUAACAGUUUAACAUUUAAUACUUCACAAAAGCCAGCGACUGUGGUUACGUCAUCUCUCCAAAUGCUCAUUUCAAAGGCUUAAGAGACAUAAGAGAGGCCAUUUUUAAAAAAUCAAUUAUGAGCUAAAUAGAGUAGGCAGAAAUAAAUUACCGUCGUGGCUGGUGCUAUUUAAUAACUAAAAAAAAAAAAAAAAAAAACGGGCUUUACUCAAAUGUGUCUAAUGGUUGUUUCAAUCUUGAGGCAACGUAAUGCUGCACAGCCCCUGCAGAGUGAAGGGAGACGCAGAGUUUUACAACACUUAGAUUUCGCCAUUUGAAAGAGUUGGUAGAUUUCUUCUCCAGCUAUUUUUCGACGCCUUAAAAUGUGUUGAUAAUGCGUAAAAUAACAGAUCAUGCGAGGAUAGACCAAUACUAUUGAUAUGUGGGAAAAAUGUGAAAUUUUCCAUAUUGGAACGUAGGAGGCCUUCGACUGACAGCGGCUAUCGGUGCAUCCAAAUUAAAGCCCAUGUGCUCCUACACUCUUUGUCCAAUUCUGUGCGCUAGAAGAACGAUUCUUACUAGUAAUGUUUUCCACUCCGAGUGCCAAUUUUGGCCUACUAAAGUGCAAUUAAACCUUAAUAAUAUAGUACUGGGCUGCACAAGUGACAGUAUUAGCCCCAACUAGUUGGCAUGUGUCAAACACUAGUAGCACCAAAAUAGCUACUAGUAGUGUUGCGUCACUAGUGACAUGUAGUUGUACUUGUACGCUAAAGUUUUCCUGCUGAUGUGGAGAAAUUUCAUACAAUAGUGGGGAAAAAUAUUACUUGUAAGACAGUCAUUCUAGUAGUGCACUGAACUGUUUUACUAGUGAGGUCAAGGGGUAUUAGUAAGCUUCACAUGAAGGUUAUGAGGAAUACCAAAUAAAUGCUCAAAUUAUGAAGAGCGAGUGAGCAAAUAAAAUGUUUAAAGCAUAGACAUUGGAAAUGUGCAAUGUUUUCAUGAGCUUUUUAUACAAAGAUGUGGGUUUUCUUUAUAACACGAUAGUUUCUUUAAACUUAAACCCCAAUUUUCUGUUGACUUUUUCACAUUUUACAAAAAACUUCACACAAUAUGUAGCAUAGUGAAAAUUAAGACGAAUUAUAUCCCUGGUUUGUGUCCUGUGAAUGUCGCACUGCGAAUAAAUAAUGACAAUUGAAUACAAUUUGUUUAAAGCGUGGGACGAGCCAAGCUGUCGUUUUUAAACAUGAGUUUUUUUACUUGAUGUAUUCUGUGGUUUUGAAUCCUGCAUCUCUCGGUGCGGUGGCUACGUUUUUGUACUAUUCCGGCUUUGGCACUAGAGGGAGGCAUUUUCCUGAAAAGAUUGGAGGCGAGAGCGCCUCUCACUUACGGUCUCAUGUGGUUUAAAAACAAACUGCUGUUUUGUCUUUUGUUUUGUUUAGGAAAAGCGUGCAAAU